AUGUCUCAGAGGGAGGAAGUUCAGCCGGGUUGCCCACAGAAAACAGAAUCGACGGCUUGGAUUUAUCAGGGUCGCUCCUCGCAUGCAUUCCAAGAGGACACAUCUUAUCUUGGGCCGUUUAACGGACAUGUAAACGGUGCUCUUGUAAUGAAGGAGCUAGAGAAGCCUUGGUAUCAUUGGGAAUCAGCGCAGGAACCGAACUUCGAUCAAUGCUUCAGUGAUGCCGAGAAAGCAUCGUUCAUGAGUACGCCAUAUAUCUCCUCCGACGGUAAUCUCUUUUCGGGUGUCAGUGAUGCAAACAAAAUCCAAAUCACCAUACAAAAUGGCGUGACCAGAUGGUACACUCAACGUUCAAAAAACCAUUUCCCGGAGCCUUUAGGAGGCGCUGCGUCAAGCACGAGGGUUAUCCAGCGGUGGAUGUCCCACGUGUUGUUAACCAUAACUGUCAACAUCACUGUUGCCGCGGUGAACACAAACUUGCCUGGCAUGGCAUGGUUCGCACCUGCGGAUCAUUUCAUCAACAACAUGAUGCUCAAACUAUCAAGUUUUUCGGAUCUUCUGCCUGAGUAUCCAAAGCUAGCUUUCACGGGUGACAACUACCAAAAGGCAGUUGAUGAACUUGGUCUGUACCUUAUACAAGAGAACAUGACCAAUCAAGCUAUCCCGGGAUAUGAAAACCUUACUGCAAAGGCAGGUACACUUGGCGGCGGGAAGGAAGCCGGAGAGCACGAGCAGCUCAGUUUUGUCGCUGUGAAAAGAGGAGAAGGUUUACCAUUCGUGGCCCUACAACCAUCAUAUGAAGAUGCCCAAGGUGCGCAGAAAAUGCAAUCCAUCAGUAGCACAGUAUCUCUCCUUUCGGAAGCAACCUUCAACGCUCUCAUGAUGGUUGAUAUCUGUAACCCCAUUUACUCAUAG